AUGCGCUUUUAUGUCCAGCAAUAUCGAUAUCUUUGGUUUUUAAGUGCCACCGAAGUACUCCAAGAUGCAACUCUUACAAUAUUUUAUCCAUUUAACAACAGCCUUCUUGACUAUGGUCCGUUAGGUAUCAAUGGAACAGGAAUAAAUUAUCAAUAUGCAACCAUUGGUCGAGUCAAUGAAAGCUUAAAUCUUUCUUCGAACCCGUCGUACGUACAAGCCACAGGCCUUGUUUAUUUAGGGACAGUUGGUAAUCCAUAUUCGUUAGCUAUUUGGAUUAUGCCGAUUACCAUCGCUGGUGGAACGAUUAUUCACGUCUCAUCAAACACUAGUGGUAUACAUUGGUCUAUGCCGAUGCUUGGUUUAACCAAUGCGGGAAAUAUCAUUGUACAAAGUUGUUCUGUAAACAGUAGCCUCAUCUUGACUGGACCAGCUAUCAAUGUUGGAGUUUGGACUCAUUUGGCAGUGACUUAUCAAUCGACGGAUGGACUUCGAUUGUGGGUAAAUGGUACUCAAUACGGUGCAGCCUCUGGUGCCUACACAUUCUCGGCAGCUGGUGUUCCGGUCACUGCAACACUUGGCUUUUCACCGAGUAUUGCUGGUCCUUGUUCAUCAAGCACGAUCGCUACGGGACAAUACACGGGGCUUCUUGAUGAAUUUUAUUUGUUUUCUAGAGAACUCUCUUCAACCGAUGUUUGGAAUUUAGCUAACCCGUAA